AUGAAUUCAAUUUUGUAAAAUGUGCAGAAAUUUAGAGUUCAAGAUAUUUUGACAUUAUUGAAUUUUCCACUUGCUGACAAAUCUAUUUUAAAUGAUAUUGAUGUAUAUAGAUUUGGAAACAACUAAAAAAUUAAAAGAGGAUGUUAUGGAUGUUAUGGAGAUGUUGAAGGCAUCAGAUAUAUUGUAUUAAAUUGUUUAUUAGGAAAAAUUACUGAUUUAGUAUGAUUAUUUAUUUUAAGAUUAGGCUUUAUUAGAUUUUUGUUAAGACUUUUCCAAUGAAAUCAGAACUGGAAGAUCUAGAUAUCGAGAAUAUUGUUAAGAGAACCAAGAUUAAUUGUUAUAAUAAUCCUUCUAUGUUGUUAUUGAGAAUACCAUUUUAUAUGGAUAUUAUAAUUAUUGA